GCAACUCCGACAUUGAAGCCCGCGCCUUGCAGGGUCAGUUGCGCCGACCCAGGACGUUCUAAGACUCUGCCGACGGAACAGCGACGCCCACCAUGUCGCGCAAGCAACUAGAUUCGCGGGUCUCGGCCCUCAUCAAAAAUGGCAUCCAGGAGCGUAAACGAAGCUUCUUUGUCGUCGUCGGUGACCAUGCCAAGGAGGCCAUUGUCUACCUGCAUCACAUCAUGGCCAGCUCAGAUGUGCGACACAACAAGUCGGUUGUCUGGGCUUACAAAAAGCAGCUCCUCGGCUUCACCAGUCAUCGCAAGAAACGAGAGGCCAAGAUCAAGAAGGAGAUCAAGCGCGGCACCCGCGAGGUGAACCAGGAGGGCGCCUUUGAGCUUUUCGUCUCGCUCCAAAACAUCCGAUAUGUCUACUACAAAGAGACGGAGAAGAUCCUAGGAAACACAUAUGGCAUGUGUAUCCUGCAGGACUUCGAGAGCGUGACGCCCAACAUCCUCGCGCGCACCAUCGAGACGGUCGAGGGCGGGGGCUUGGUGGUUCUGCUUCUGAAGGGUAUGAGCAGCCUGAAGCAGCUUUACACAUUGACCAUGGACGUCCACUCCCGCUACCGCACCGAGGCCUACGACGACGUUGUGGCUCGAUUCAACGAGCGCUUUAUCCUGUCUCUAGGCAGUUGCGAGUCCUGUCUGGUGGUCGACGAUGAGCUCAACGUGCUCCCAAUCUCGGGCGCCAACAAAGUGAAGCCGCUGCCACCCCCGGACCGCGACGAGGAGGAAAACAAGACGCCUGCGCGGAAGGAGCUGGACGGGAUCAAGGAUUCUCUCCGGGAUUCACGGCCUGUCGGGGCGCUUGUUCAACUGGCCAAGACCAACGACCAAGCCAAGGCCCUCCUCACCUUUGUGGACGCCAUUGCCGAAAAGACAUUGCGCAACACGGUCACUUUGACCGCGGCGCGUGGUCGCGGCAAGUCCGCAGCCAUGGGUGUCGCAAUUGCCGCCGCCGUUGCUUACGGCUACAGCAACAUCUUCAUCACAUCGCCAUCCCCCGAGAAUUUGAAGACACUCUUCGAGUUUAUAUUCAAGGGGCUAGACGCCCUCGACUACAAGGACCACGCCGAUUACUCCAUCAUGCAAUCCACAAACCCGGACUUCAACAAGGCUAUCGUUCGCGUAAACAUCCACAGGGACCAUCGCCAGACCAUCCAGUACAUCCGCCCCCAAGACGCGCACGUUUUGGGGCAAGCUGAGCUGGUCGUCAUCGACGAGGCUGCUGCGAUCCCCCUACUCCUGGUUCGGAAGCUGAUGGGCCCCUACCUCGUCUUCAUGGCCUCCACUAUCAACGGAUAUGAGGGAACGGGAAGAUCGCUGUCCCUGAAGCUGAUCAAGCAGCUGAGGGAGCAAUCUCGGGCUGGCGCGGCUGAGAAGGGUGCUGAUGUUGAGAUCGCCCGAUCCAGCGGGAAGGCCGACAAGAAUACCGGCUUGUCUGGCGGCCGUUCUCUCAAGGAAAUCACGCUUUCGGAACCCAUCCGUUACGGCCAGGGAGACGAAGUCGAGAAGUGGCUAAAUACUCUUCUUUGCCUGGAUGCCACUCUGCCACGGUCCAAGCUUAACACGCAGGGCUGCCCGGACCCCUCGAAAUGCGAGCUCCUCCAAGUGAACCGCGAUACGCUUUUCUCCUUCCAUCCAGUUUCUGAGAGGUUCCUCCAGCAAAUGGUGGCUCUCUACGUCGCAAGUCACUACAAGAACACACCCGAUGAUCUGCAGCUGAUGAGCGACGCGCCGGCCCACAAACUCUUUGUUCUCACGCCGCCCCCAACCGAGGGAGCGCUGCCCGAACCUCUCUGCGUGAUCCAGGUCGCCCUCGAGGGCAAGAUUAGUAGGCAGAGCAUCCUCAAUAGCCUUAGCAGGGGCCAACGCGCGGCCGGCGAUCUGAUCCCCUGGCUCGUCAGCCAGCAGUUCCAGGACGAGGAGUUUGCUUCUCUCUCGGGCGCCCGCGUUGUCCGCAUAGCGACGAACCCAGACUACGUCUCGAUGGGAUACGGAACGAGGGCGCUCGAGCUGCUUGUCGACUUCUUUGAGGGCAAGUUCCUCAGCCUCUCGGAAGACGUCGAGGACUUUGUCGAGAAGUCCAUGCCAAGAGUCACGGAUUCUGAGCUGUCAAAGCUGGCCGAGGGUAGCCUUCUGGAGGACAACAUCAAGGUGCGCGACAUGAGCGAAAUGCCGCCCCUGUUCGCCUACCUGAACCAAUGCCGUCCACCCAGUCUGGAUUACGUCGGCGUCAGCUACGGACUUACCCAGCCGCUGCACAAGUUUUGGAAGCGCGCGUCGUUUGCUCCGGUCUACUUGAGACAAACCGCCAACGAUCUCACGGGCGAGCACACUUGUGUCAUGCUUAGGCCACUCAAAUCGACCGAGGACCAAAGCUGGCUGGGCGCUUUCGCCAGCGAUUUCCACCGCCGCUUCCUCUCGCUCCUCUCGUACCAGUUCCGGGAAUUUCCAUCGGUGCUGUCGCUGAGCAUAGACGAGUCGGCAAACAGCGGAGCGCUCCUCGAUGCAUCAACGCAGCCGAGCCCGCUCACCAAGGCAGAGCUUGACAGGAUCCUGACUCCGUUUGACCACAAGAGGCUGGAGUCGUAUGCCAAGAACCUGCUGGAUUACCAUGUCAUCCUGGAUCUCAUGCCGGCCCUGGCUACCAUGUACUUCACCGGCGGCCUCAAAUCCAGCAUCAAGCUGACGGGGGUCCAGCAAGCCAUCCUCCUGGCCAUCGGACUGCAGCGCAAGGACAUCGAUGCCGUCUCGGCGGAGCUGUCGCUGCCGUCGUCGCAGCUGUUGGCCAUGUUCAUCAAGAUUCUGCGCAAAAUCACGACGCACUUCGAAACCUUGGUCACACAAGCCGUUGACGCCGAGAUGCCCAAGCCGGCAUCGAUUGGCGUCAGUCGAGAGAACGCGAUGGGCGCCCACGACGACGAGAUGGUGGACCAGAAAUACGUGCCGCUGGACAAGGGGCUGGGGGAGGAGCUGGAGGAGGGAGGCGACGAGGCGCUCCGAGAGUACCGUGCCAAGCAGAAGGAGCUCAUCGACUCGCUGCCUCUUGACCAGUACGAGAUCGAGGGAGACGCGACGGCAUGGGAGGCGGCGGAAAAGACGGUGGCCAAGUCCAGCGCCAAGAACGGAGAGUCGUCCGGGGUCAUGGUUAGCGUCAAGUCCAGCAAGGCGAAGCGGAAAGCCGGCCAGCAGACGGCGGCCGAGGUGUACGAGGAGGCGUUUAGUGAGAAGAAGCACAAGAAGGCCAAGAAGGACAAGAAGGACAAGAGGCAAUGAUUUCCUUGUCUUGUUGUUCUCUUUUGCCGCUCAUGUUUUUGUCACUUUGUGCAACGAAAGUUUGUUCUGGCGUUAAAAGGGAUACCUGGUGUACAGGCAGAAUACCUCGAGUUGAUACGGAAUUUUCCCAUUGUAAAUCAUUUGCUGUCUGCCACGGGCCUCUAUAUGACUGGUGCAUAUUGGUGUAGGCGCAUGUAGAGCAAAAAGAGAAAAGUGAAAACCCAACCCGGCCCUAGAUUACACCCUUUUAUACCGGCCUGUACAAGCAAGCCCCGAUGUCAUCAGAAUACCUCCCGACCCACCCGAACCUUUUAGGCAAGACAGA